UCGUAAAAAUAAAAUUUUUUAUUAUAAAAUAUAUAAUAGAAAAUAUUUAAUAGCAGUGCAGAUGAGCUAUGAGAAGAACAAUAAAGAUAAAAUAAAUGGAGCUAUAAUAGGGGUCUCCUUCGAUCCACCGAGACCGAGACCGAGACGAGACACGCGACACUGAGGCCGGGCCCGAUCCGAUCGAUGAGGCUUGUCGCCGCCGCAACCGACCGCUACAAACGAUCGACGCGCCGCCGCCCAUGUCUUCCUCCUCUGCUGCCACGGCUGGCGGCCGCCGCAAUCUCUACCUCCCUCCGCCGUGCCACCACCUCGCCGACUACCGAUCCAACGCCCACGGCCUCGCCAAGCCCUUCCGCUCCCUCCAGCCCUGCCUCCGCGUCCGCCCCCUCAGCCGGCCCGAGAUCCGCCGUGACCCCCACGAGAUCUCCCGCUGCGGCCCCUGCUCCGCCGCCGACUCCGCUGGCGGCGGAAUGGGCCCGAGGCUGUUCGCUUGCCUCGCCUGCGCUGCCGUGUGCUGCCCCGCCCACGCGCCGUCCCACGCCGAUGAGUGCCGGCCGGGGCACGAGAUCGCCGUGGACGUCGACCGAGCGGAGCUCUUCUGCUGUGCGUGCGGCGACCAGGUCUACGAUCGCGAGUUCGAUAAGGCCGUGGUCCUCGCCCAGAUAGCCGCCGCGGCAGCCAACGCCUCCACCUCCUGCCCGCUCCCGGAGAGCCUGGGGAAGCGGAGGAGGGUGGACUACCGGCCAUGGGCGCCGGAUCCGCAGGAGUGGGCAGCGAUGCGGCGGGGAUCAAGCCCUCUCCUCCUCCCGGACGCCUCCGAUCCCUCCUCCGCCGGCACCGCCAACACCUCCACCUCGUCUCCUUCUUCUCCGCCGUGGGGGCUGAGGGGAUUGAACAAUCUCGGGAACACGUGCUUCAUGAACUCGGUUCUCCAAGCGCUGCUCCACACGCCGCCGCUUCGGAAUUACUUCUUGAGCGAUCGGCACAAUCGGUUCGUAUGCCAGCAAAAGGGCCGGAGGAAGAAGGGCAGCAGUGGCGGAAGCACGGGAGGAGAUCGCCGGAACCCGUCGGGUGGGUCGCCGGUGUGCUUGGCUUGCGAUCUUGAUGCAAUCUACUCCGCCGUCUUCUCCGGUGAUCGGUCUCCGUACAGCCCCGCCAGGUUUCUCUACAGGUGGUGGCAAUAUGCAUCAAACCUAGCAAGCUACGAACAACAGGAUGCUCAUGAAUUUUUCAUUUCUGUGCUUGAUGGUAUCCAUGAAAAUGUAGAGCAAGACCGACACAAGCCUCAAAGCCAAGGCAAUGGAGACUGUUGCAUUGCUCACAGGGUGUUCUCUGGUGUCUUGAGAUCUGAUGUGACUUGUACAAUUUGUGGUUUUACAUCUACCACAUAUGACCCAUGUUUAGACAUCUCUUUAGACUUGGACUCAAACCACAAUUUUAUGAAUGUGCCUACUAUGAAAUCACAUGCAUGCAAUGGGGAGAAAGAUUUAAUAUUAUCCAGCCAAAUCUGUGGAGUAUCUACACUCAUGGGAUGUUUGGAGCGCUUCACAAGGCCUGAAAGAUUAGAUUCUGAUCAAAAAUUCUUUUGUCAACACUGCAAAGUGAGGCAAGAAUCCCUGAAACAGAUGUCUAUAAGGAAGCUUCCACUAGUUACUUGCUUUCAUAUUAAAAGGUUUGAGCAUUCAUCAAUCAAGAGAAUGUCAAGAAAGAUUGACCGCUAUUUGCAGUUUCCAUUUUCUCUUGAUAUGGCACCUUAUCUGUCAUCCUCUAUCCUGAGGAGUAGAUUUGGCAACCGUAUAUUUGCUUUUGAUGGUGAUGAUUCGGAUGCAGCUACUGAGCUAGCUUCAGAGUUUGAAUUAUUUGCAGUGAUUGCACACAGUGGUAGAAUAGAGGCUGGCCAUUACAUAACCUAUCUGCGGCUAAGUAAUCAAUGGUAUAAAUGUGAUGAUGCAUGGAUCGCUCAUGUCAGCGAAAAUAUUGUGAGGGAUUCACAAGCAUAUAUGCUGUUCUAUGUACAAAAAACUCUUUACUAUAAGGCAAGUGAAGAUGUGAGUGCCUUGUGACUUGUUUAGAAUGGUGGUCAAUAAGAAGCUCUAACUGAAACAAGAGUGGAUCAAAGUGCUCAGACUUCUGCAUCCUGGUUCGCCUGUUGUUCUGAUUGGAAGACAAUUUUGAGCAAUUUUUGUACCAGGGAAACCAAUAUAUAUUAUAUUGGUUCGAUCUGAUGGAUUCUUUCUGACCAAUGAGUUACUCUUCUUUGAUAAAGCAAAAGAGAUUGUGGAUAAAGGGAACCUAAAUUUUGCCGUUUUCCUUUCAACAAUUGAAAAGCUUCUCUCUGAAGAUAUAGUUUUAUAUAGCAAUUAAUCUUGACCUUAGUUUGCACUAUUGAAUACUCUCUCUCCGUGGGCAUGAUCACAAGUGUACAUGAUAUUCUCAUAUUGCCUUCUGUAAAUCAUCAUGAGUACAAUAUUUGGCUUGUGUGUUGGUCUGUUAAUUUCUCUACUGCAUGUCCAUUUGUGACACUCCAACGAGGUAUUUCAUUUUUAUUUA